AUGACUACCCCAAGCUUGGAUCAGCUGGUGAAAGGGUCUCCUACUUCUGGAAAACCCGCUUCGUCCUUGCCGACUGCGCCAGACGCAUCGACUCCGCCCCUGCAGACGGAUUCGCCGAUUUCGUCGGAUUUCUCUUCCCCGCCACGUUCAUCAACCCCCGAUCCACUGUCCACGUUACCGUCAGCUCCGCCCCAAAUAUACCUGAACCUGCUCAUUCUGGAGAGCUCCCUUCGAGCGCAAUACCUGGCCUUGCGUGAGCGCCGAAGGCAGAACACUUUUUUCCUUCUCCUGCUUGCCGCCUGGAUCGCAUACUUUGCCUAUGCCCUUUUUCUUCGGCCUCGAGAGGAUGGCCGCGGGGUAGGAGGCUCGGUUUACUGGGUUGUGGAGAUGGGAGACAAAGUAGCCCUGCUCGGGGGUGUGGUCACUGCUCUUCUAGUCUGGGGCACCGGGCAAUGGGAGCGAGGAGUGCGUUGGCCACGGCGCUGGCUCGCUGUCGCCAACCGCGGCCUUCGUAACAUGAACACCAAGAUCGUUGUGAUACGAGGUCCCUGGUGGCAGGAAAUGUUGUCUUAUCUCUCUUUCCUCUUUCCGUUCAACACGCCUUUCUUCCCCUCUCCCAUUGGGGAUUUUCACUUCAUAGAGCGGCCGGCAUCUGAGAAACGUGUUGGUGGUCGGCAGUACCAUCAACAAUAUCAUAACGUGGAUCCCGAAUCAGGACUUGUGGAAGAGGAUCUCAGUCCGGGAGGAGAUUACAUUCGGUUGCUGCUUCUACCCAAAUCGUUUUCUCCUGAAUUUCGAGGAAAUUGGGAUGACUACCGGACCGAGUAUUGGGAGAAGGAGAAUGAGCGACGCGCUCAACUGCGUCAGAAACUACGCCAGAAAGAACGUCUCUUGGCCGAACAAGACGGGAGCUGGUUUGGGUCGAUUGGGCUUGGGUGGAAGGCUGCGCGACGACGACGACUCGCAGCGGCCACGCUCAACAGACCGAUCGACGGCGAAAAGCAUCGCCAUCACCAUCAACACCCCAGUAUCUCUAGGCUCAGCCACGAGCUCAAAUCUCCGGUCCGACGUAGCACGCGCUCGGACUCCCAUUCCCGUACGCCUUCGCGUAGCACCACUCCCGUCGACCUAGAUGAUCGCCCUCCUUCCAGGUCCUCUACAAGCGGCCGUCCUCGGCGAGGAAGCACGCCAACCUCGACGACAUCAGCCUCCGAGCAGAGCCCUCAACAUCGGAAAAAGAAAGGGUCUAAGACCCUCACCCGGGGUCUAUCGCCUCUGACCCAGGCGCAAAUCAGAGAGGGAGUUCGUACGCCUUCAUUCUCGUCCGACGAUUCCACGAUGACGGGGCUAGGAGAAGAGAAAACCAAAGUCAAAGAAGAA